ACUUCAUCUUGCUUUUUAAACUUCAUCUUUCUUGCUUUUUAAACUUCAUCUUUCUUGCUUUUUAAACUUCAUCUUGCUUUUUAAACUUCAUCUUUCUUGCUUUUUAAACUUCAUCUUUCUUGCUUUUUAAACUUCAUCUUUCUUGCUUUUUAAACUUCAUCUUUCUUGCUUUUUAAACUUCAUCUUUCUUGCUUUCUAAACGUCAUCUAACUUGUUUUUUGUCCUCCUCAUCAGCACUGGAACACUUUAAACUUUGUGUGGGAAACAUUCUUUGAUUUUGGAGCGAAGGAAAGAAGAAAAGGACGACAAAGUGAACGUUGGAGCCACAUUUUGACUUUUGGACACAUUUUAUAGUUGAAUGUGGACUUUUCCAUCCUAUGCUGCCUUUAAACGUCCAUCUUGUUGAUCCCGCUUAAAGCUGCAUGCUGAGUCAGCGUUCUUCAGCUUCAACCACCCUGAAGAAGUAAAGAUGAAGAGCAUGACACCCCCUGGUGGCCAGGUCUCUGUAGGGGACCAUGGACUGUGUGCAGACAUGUUCAACGGGAAUCAUCGGAGCAGUCCAGCACAGUCCCUCCAAGACCUUGGCGAGCGAGCCGAGUCGGACCACAGCGCCAUCGUCAGCUCUAUUGAGAAGGAUCUCCAGGACAUCAUGGACUCCUUAGCUAUGGACGAGCCUCAGUCUUGCUCCUCGGAGGACAAAAGGCCCCCCGGGGGACCCAUGGUCAAUGGGGGGGGCAGGUAUUUGCUGUCCCCCCUCACCAGUCCAGGGGCCAUGUCCAUGGGGUCCAGCUACGAAAAUACAUCGCCAGCCUUUUCUCCGCUGUCCUCCCCUUCAGCUGCCAGCAGCCCGUCUCCUGGUGCAGCCCCCCAGGACCAGGUGUCCUCUCUGCCUCCCCAGGACCAGGUGUCCUCUCUGCCUCCCCAGGACCAGGUGUCCUCUCUGCCUCCCCAGGACCAGGUGUCCUCUCUGCCUCCGGUGCCUGCACGGUCCUCCAGCUAUCAUUUCACCAGCCAGCCACCUGCGGUAGCGCAGCCACGGACCACCAACUGGGACGGUGUUGAAGGGAGCCCCGGGCUGCAGAGGAGGGUUUUAGGAGACGGUCUAAGCCCUAAGCCUAGUCGCAGAGGAUUAGGCCAAGACCUGUCUUCACAAGAAUGUCUCAGUAGCAGAACUCUAGUGCCAAGCGGCCUCACUUCCAAGCUGCAAACAUCUCCUUUUCCCGUGCCAUCUAGUUCUAAGACCAAGAUCACCAUAGUGCUUCAGGAAAGGCCUGCUAGUCCUUUGAAAAGGCAGACUCUCUCAACUGAUAGCUCCAGCCCAUCCAGGCAACUUUUCCAUCCUCCUCUGGCCUUUCAGCCUCCUCUGGAUCCUGUUGUCCAUGUCAUCCAAGGAUCUCCCGCCAGCCCCCGCAUGGCCAAGAGGAACCUAGAACCGAACAUGAGAGAACUUCCACCUCUAAGUCCCUCCAUCGCUCGAAGAGGCGGCCAAGCGGCCACCACGAAGGCCCCGGACAGCCCCUCAAGUCUGCGCAAGCCAACCCCAGAGAGUCUCCGGCUUCAUCGCAAGUUUGGAACCUUGCCUGAGGAUCUGACUGGCAGUAAAGGGAUGCGAGCUCGUAGUCCCUCCCCCACCUUUCCCAUGAAGGACGGUGGCUCACCAAAGGCCACCUCUGGACACGCCUUGUCACCUGCCUACAGUCUGGGUUCUCUUCCUGGCUCCUCCCCCAUGGCCAGUCCCAGGUGCACCAGGAAGAUCUCAGCGGUGAGGGAGAGGAAGAACAGCAUCACAGAGAUCAGUGACAACCAGGACCAGCUGCUGGACUAUCACCGCCAUCAGAGGGAUGAACGACUCCGGGAGCAGGAGAUGGAGAGACUGGAGAGACAACGGCUGGAGAGCAUCCUCAACAUGUGUGCCCAAUACAACCAAGGAGAGGAUCCACUGGGUCCCACGAGGGCAGGUUUCCCUGGGGGCUUCUUUGAAGGAUCACUGCACACCACCUCCACUGAUGGUGUCCUGGGAGGAACAUCUUCUCAUCAUCUGGCACACACCACCUCCACUGAUGGUGUCCUGGGAGGAACAUCUUCUCAUCAUCUGACACACACCACCUCCACUGAUGGUGUCCUGGGAGGAACAUCUUCUCAGCAUCUGACACACAGACAGAGUGAGGAGGACAAACUGAAGGAGGAGUGGAGCAGUACAGAGAGCACUCAUCAGGAGGAUGAAGAUGGACUCCUUCACCUGGAGGAGGAGCGAGUCCGAGUCCUGUCCCGGAUCGAUGAAGUCCAAAGCCAGCUGAUGGAACUGGAUCAACAACUUCAGGAGUCCAAGCAGGAGGCUGAGAUGGAGCGUGCUCUGCUGCAGGGAGAGAGGCGGGCAGAGGUGGAGCAAAUAGAGGCGGAGUCAGACAUCAUCAAUCAACUUCAGCACAAACUAGUGCAGCUGGAGACUGCCAUCCAGCACGAGAGACACAAGGAGAGGUGUAAAGUGGAGGAGGAGCGUGGUUCCCUACAAAGACUACAAGAGAGUGUGAGUGAGCUGAAGAAGAAGCUGCAUGAUUGUCCUCAGUCUCUGUGCCAACACUUGCACGAAGAGUUGCAGAGGGGAGAGGCGGUGGAAGCAGGAAGUAAGAAGUUUGAGGAUUUGGAGUUCCAGCAGCUGGAAAGAGAAAGUGGCCUGGAGGAGGAGAGAGAAAGUAUCAGCAAGCAGCUGCAGGACUUCCACUGCAGUGUGAGCACCAGGAAGGACAAAGUGAUGAGCCUGGAGAAGCAGGCAGAAGAAGUGAGUCUGCAGGCCAGUGAGGAGCAUCAGAGUGUUGCCGAGCAGAGAAGUGUGAAGCUGCAGGUGCUGCACAAGGAGAAGGAGAAGGUUGCUGCUCUGGAGAAGAAAUAUUGCAUCAUGACUGGAGGGAAGAAGUUUUCUUCUGCCAUCACAGAAAGCCCCCUGGUGGUGUGUGACAGCAGGGUCAGUGUGUCCAGGAACUUAGUAUCUACUCUGCAGAACAUCCACAACAACAGACAGCUCACCAUGCAGCAGAAAGGUCAUCAGGUGAUUGAAGAUCAGCGACGUCGUCUGUCUGAGUUGAAGCAGAAAGCGGCGCAGGAAGCUCAGUGUCAGUGGGACGCUCUCCACGGUUCACUUCCUCACCUGCUCACUUACACCUCCUGUAGCCCCGCCCCCUCACACCUGCUGCGCCACUCCAUCCUGCACCACCACCCCCCCUCAGCUGGAGACCUGCUCACCUACGACACACUCAGCCUCCACAGCUCAGACAGUCUGGAGACCUGCUCACCUGACUUCUUGUCCAGUGUUGUAGGAUCCGAGCAGUUGAAGAUUGAAGAGAUGGAGAAGAAGCUGAAAGAAGCCCAGAUGGAGAAAGCAAGACUCAUUGAGUUUAGGGAACAGGAGACUGCUGCUCGCCUUCAGCUGCUGGAGGAAGAGAGGAGGAUGAGACAGGAAGUGGAGAGAAGACUGCAGGAAGAAAGUCAUCAUCGCCAGAAGUUGGUGGAAGAAGAAGUGAAGAUGAGAGCCAAGAACUUCUCUCAGGCUCGUCCAAUGACACGCUACCUGCCCAUCAGGAAGGAGGAGUUUGAUCUCCACGCCCACAUCGUGGCGUCGGGUCACAGCGUGGACACGUGUGGUCAUGUGACCGUGGCCGCCACUCUCUGCAGAGGUCACAUGGUCAAGAUGGGCGGGAACAUCAAGUCUUGGAAGAAGCGCUGGUUUGUCUUUGACCGCCUGAAGAGAACCUUCUGCUACUACAUGGACAAACAGGAGAACAAGCUGAAGGGUGUGAUCUACUUCCAGGCCAUCCAGGAGGUGUACUAUGAUCACCUGCGCAGUGCUACUAAGAGCCCCAACCCAACUUUGACCUUUUGUGUGAAGACUCAUGACCGUCUCUACUUCCUGGUGGCACCUUCUGCUGAGGCCAUGAGGAUCUGGAUGGAUGUCAUCGUGACGGGAGCUGAGGGCUACACACACUUCAUCUAGUGAGGG